CAGAACUUCGACUCGCGACCAGCUUCAAGUAGCAAAGCAAAGCAAAGCAACGUCUCGCCAUGGCACCUCACGCAGACGAUGCAGAGGCCGCGCUGGCGUCGCAGCUGGCCUCGGACGUGGCGACUGCCGAGGCACACUCGAGUUCGUCCAAGAAGCAGCAAGACGCCGUCCCAGCGGCUCUCCGGCAGCCGUUUUCGAGCCUGGAUCUGUCGGAGCCAACCAAGGCGGCGCUCCAGUCGAUGGGCUUCCAGACAAUGACAGAGGUGCAGGCCCGCUGCAUCCCACCGCUCAUGACCGGUCGCGAUGUGCUGGGUGCCGCACAGACGGGCAGCGGCAAGACGCUCGCCUUUCUGGUCCCCAUCGUCGAGAUGCUGCACCGGCUCAAGUUCAAGCCGAGGAACGGGACGGGGGCCAUUGUCAUCUCGCCCACGAGGGAGCUUGCGCUCCAGAUCUUUGGCGUUGCAAAGGAACUCAUGGCCCACGGCCACCACCAGACGUUUGGCAUCAUCAUGGGCGGCGCCAACCGAAAGGCCGAGGCCGACAAGCUGGGAAAGGGCGUCAAUCUCAUCAUUGCCACGCCCGGUAGGCUGCUGGACCACAUGCAGAACACGCCCAACUUUGUCUUUUCCAACCUCAAGACGCUGUGCAUCGACGAGGCAGACCGGAUCCUCGAGAUUGGGUUUGAAGACGAGAUGCGGCAGAUUGUCAAGCUGCUGCCCAACGCAGAGGCGCGCCAGUCGAUGCUCUUUUCCGCCACCCAGACGACCAAAGUCCAGGACCUGGCCAGGAUUUCGCUUCGCCCGGGUCCGCUCUACAUCAAUGUCCAUGCAGACCUGGCGGCCAGCACCGUGUCGCGCCUGGAGCAGGGGUACGUCGUGUGCGACAGCGACAAGCGGUUCUUGCUCCUCUUCACCUUCCUCAAGCGCAACAAGGGCAAGAAGGUCAUCGUCUUUAUGAGCAGCUGCAACGGCGUCAAGUACCACGCCGAGCUGCUCAACUACAUUGACGUGCCCGUACUGGACCUGCACGGCAAGCAGAAACAGCAGAAGCGCACGGCGACCUUUUUCGAGUUCUGCAACGCCCCACACGGCAUCCUCCUCUGCACCGACGUCGCUGCGAGGGGCCUCGACAUCCCAAAGGUCGACUGGAUUAUCCAGUUUGACCCGCCGGAUGACCCGCGCGACUACAUCCACCGCGUCGGCCGCACAGCACGCGCAGGUAAAGAGGGCAAGUCGCUCAUGUUCCUCCUGCCCUCGGAGCUGGGCUUCCUGCGCUUCCUCAAGGUGGCCAAGGUGCCCCUCAACGAGUACCAGUUCCCGACAUCCAAGGUGGCCAACGUCCAGGGCCAGCUCGAGAAGCUCAUCAGUAAAAACUACUAUCUCCACCAGUCGGCAAAGGACGGCUACCGGUCCUACUUGCAGGCCUAUGCGUCGUACAGCCUCAAGCGCAUCUUUGACGUCCAUGCCCUCGACCUGGCUAAAGUCGCAAAGGCGUUUGGCUUCAGCGUGCCCCCGCGCGUCAACAUUGGCGUGGGUGCCAGUGGGAAGGGCAUGUCGAAGCGUGGCGCACGGGAGGUGGACGGGCCAGGAGAGGGCGGCGAGGAUGAUGCCCAAGGUGACGACGACGAUGAUGACGAGACGGGCGAACAAGCGGCACGGAGAAGCUACAAGCGAAAGCGAGAGGGGAGAGAUGCAGCCGUCAGUCACCGCAAGAAGUUUUCUCAGCCAGGCAAGAACCGAUCCGGCAAGCAGUGGAGUCGAUAGUCAUCUCCUCUCUCUCUCCAGUGGCAGAAGUGUAAUUGUAUCUUUUCUUUCUCCUCUCUCAUCCAUCGCAAUAUUUAACGGCCU